AUGGCUGCACAGGAGCCGUCUCCACCAUCUUCCCUGGAAGGAAAUAAACCAGGCUUCCCAAAGAAAAUUUUGGCCAACAGCCUUGAAGACAAGCAUUUGUGUAAUUCUUGUCUGAAAAUCCUCCGGAGGCCCUUACAGGCGCAAUGUGGUCACCGCUUUUGUUCGUUCUGUUUCAACAAAAUAGUGAGUUCUGGACCUGAGAAAUGCGAUGCUUGCAUCAAAGAAGACUUAUUUGAGGAACCCACUUCGAUUCUCAAACAAGGAGGUGCUUUUCCAGACAAUGCAGCUCGUAGAGAAGUGGAAGCCUUGGCAGCUGUUUGCCCCAAUGAAGGAUGCACAUGGACUGGGACUGUCAAAGACUUUGAGCUUAGCCAUGAGGGCAACUGUGACUUUGCCAUCAUCUUGUGCCCUUCCUGCAAAGAGUUGAUGAGAGCCAACGAACAAGAACGCCAUGAUGAGCGAGAAUGUCCAGAGAGGACACUCAACUGUAAAUACUGCAAAGAACCGUUCCUUUUAAAGAACAUCAAGGCUCACGAUGAAAUAUGCCCGAAGUACCCAAUGAUCUGUGAAGGUUGUGCAAAGAAAAAGAUACCCAGAGAAAAGUAUGUGGACCAUAUUAAGUUCUGCAGUAAAUUUAAAGCACCAUGCAGAUUUCAUGUUGUUGGCUGCGAUACGUCUGUGGAGAAGGAGAAGAUCUAUGACCACGAACGCCAAUGUUCAUACGAACACCUCAACCUACUUUUGCAUUUCAUCAUGGGUAUCAAGCUGCAACUCCAAAGUGAAAAGACCAAGGUGGUAGAGUUGAGCCGACGGUGCCAAGAGCUGGAGCUGAAAGUGAAUACAUUCGAGAACAUCGUUUGUGUCCUCAACCGAGAGAUGGAGCGCUCAUGCACUACUAUGGAAGCCUACAACCGACAACAUAGACUGGACCAGGAUAAAAUUGAGAUCCUCAAUAACAAGGUUCGUCAGUUGGAGAGAACUGUAAGUCUGCGGGAACUGUCCAUCGUAGAGAUGGAGGGAAAGAUAAGGGAGAUGUCAGCAGCCACAUAUGAUGGAACUUUUGUGUGGAAGAUCUCUGAUUUUACGAAGAAGAGACAGGACGCUGUUGCUGGCAGAGCACAUGCUAUGUUCUCCCCUGCCUUUUACACAAGUAAAUAUGGCUACAAGAUGUGCUUGCGUAUCUACCUAAAUGGAGAUGGGACAGGACGGGGCACUCAUUUAUCUCUCUUCUUUGUGGUGAUGAGAGGACAUAGCGACGCACUCCUUAAAUGGCCUUUUAAUCAGAAGGUCACCCUAAUGCUGCUCGACCAGAACAACAGGGAGCACAUAAUCGAUGCUUUCCGGCCCGACAUCUCAUCCUCGUCCUUCCAGAGGCCCGUCAGUGAUAUGAACAUUGCCAGUGGCUGCCCACUCUUCUGUCCGCUCUCCAAGCUAGACACUAAAAACUCUUACAUUCGUGAUGAUACUAUUUUCAUCAAGGCCACUGUUGACCUCACAGGCCUUUAG